UGCGCGAGCGCAGUAGCAGGUCCUCUUAGGAAAGUGGAUGUACACACAAUGUACUUCGGUCUUGCUCUUCAAAACGAACAUUCCUACAAAUUUUACGAUACAUUUCUCUAACUAUUGUGCAGUAUCGGCCUACUGACCAGUUUGUUUUUAUCAGGGUUAGACUCAAAGACUCGUUUUUUUGGCAUCUUCUGUGCACAGUAAUCACUGCUCAAUGUAAAAUUUAUUCUUACGUGAGUAAGUUCGACUUGCUCAAAACCAUGAGGAUUGUUACAUGGAACAUAAAUGGCAUAAGGACGUUAAAAGGUGGAAUUAAAAAGGCUCUUGACUCAUUGGAUGCUGACAUUGUCUGUGUCCAGGAAACAAAAGUGACGAGAGAUUUACUUGACGAAAGGACAGCGGUUGUAGAGGGCUACAACUCCUAUUUCAGCUUCAGUCGUGGGCGCAGUGGUUAUUCAGGGGUUGCAACAUAUUGUAAAGACAGCGCCUCACCAUUUUCUGCAGAAGAAGGUCUGACAGGCCUGUUGAACACCAGCCAUGAGGGUACUGUUGGCAGUUAUGGGAACCAGAGAGAGUUUUCCAGUGAGGAAUUGCAGCUGUUGGACAACGAGGGGCGGGCUGUCAUUACACAGCACAAAGUCAUGUUUGAAAACCAGCCUCAGACACUUACAGUUGUCAAUGUAUACUGCCCACGGGCAGACCCAGAGAAGCCAGAGCGGAAGCAGUUCAAACUGCAGUUCUACAAGCUGCUCCAGCAUCGGGCAGAGGCCAUUCUGAAGGCUGGAAGCCAUGUGAUCGUGUUGGGGGAUGUGAAUACUGCUCACCGACCUGUCGAUCACUGUGACCCUGAUGACAUCAAUGAUUUUGAAGGUAAUCCGGGUAGAAAGUGGCUGAAUGGCUUCCUCCUUAAUGAUGGUGAGGAAGAUGAUGUUGAGGGUGAUGACAAUUCUUGCGAGAACAAAACUGGAAAGUUUGUGGAUACGUUCCGUCAUUUCCAUCCCAAGCGCACCAAUGCCUUUACGUGCUGGUCCACUCUCACUGGAGCACGGCAGACCAACUAUGGCACACGCAUUGACUACAUCUUUGCCGACUCCCUGUUGGUCAAGGGCCAGUUUGUGGCUGCAGACAUCAUGCCAGAGAUGGAGGGGUCAGAUCACUGCCCUGUGUGGGGGCACCUCAGCUGCUCCCUCCUGCCAAGCUCCAAGCUACCCCCCCUCUGUACCCGCCACCUGCCUGAGUUUGCUGGCAAGCAGCAGAAACUCUCCCGCUUUCUGGUCAAAGUAGAAAAGCAGGCUGCCAAGGAAACCUCCAGAGAUCAAGCCCCGCUGCCCAGCUCUCAAGAGGCAGGAGAGACCCAGGAGAACCUGAUUCCUCAAGGAUCUGGGAACAGGUGUGGGAUGAAACGGACUCCGACAGAAGAGUCUGGACUUUCCAAGGGAAAAAAGAGUAAGACAGUGAAGGCUCCCUUAAAGGCUCCCUCAAAACCUCAGGGCAGCCUGCUUGCCUUUUUCAAGCCCAAAUCCACACAGGUGGUCCCACCCAUGCAGGCCUCUGUGAGCCAGUGUAUCAAGAACUCUGAGAAAACUGAGGUCAGAGAAGGACAAGCUACAGGGCCAGAUGGACCCUCGGUCAACAGCAUGGAUCCUGAAGGUGCUCAAUCUGUCUGUUUGGGUAAAAGAGAUCCACCCCCCUUCAGCACCCCACAGGACACUGUUGAUCGUCAGAAGCAGGGGCCGGAUAAGCCCCUGACCUCAGCCUCAACAGUAGAACCAUGUGUAAAGGGGGCUCCACUAGGCUUUUGGAAGACAGUUCUGCAUGGCCCCCCCCAACCUCCACCCUGCAAGACUCACAGGGAACCCUGCGUGCUCCGCACCGUCAAGAAGGCAGGACCAAACAUGGGCAGGCAGUUCUUCGUGUGUGCCCGCCCUCAGGGACACACCUCCAACCCAGAGGCUCGCUGUAACUUCUUUGCAUGGGUGGACAAAGGAAAAUAGCGCUGUGUCUAUAUCUACUGUAGGGACAUAAAGAUUUUCCUGACUGAAUAAGCAUCCUGCUCAGAAACAAAUUGUCCAACUCCAAAUUGUCACUAGUAAGAUAUUUUUUAUUUGUUUAUUUGUUUUGUUUUUGUCUUUAGAAUAAACUCUUUAUUUUUGAAAUGUU